AUGGCUGCCUCUACGCGAGUUGUUUCCGUUCAGCGGCUCAGCCAAGGGCCCGGGAAUUUGUCUUUGGCCGAAUGGUGGACUCAAGAGCGUAACCAGCAAACGCCGGAAUCCAAGGCCAUCGAGGAAGCCGCGGAGCUUCUGCGAUCGAGCGAUCUCCCUGUCGCCUUUCCCACAGAGACAGUCUACGGGCUGGGUGCCGAUGCCACGCGCAGUGCUUCUGUCCAGGGCAUCUAUCGUGCGAAACAACGGCCCUCGGAUAACCCGCUGAUCAUUCACGUCGAUUCACUGGAGAUGCUGGAUAGACUGCUCAACCCAAGCUCUCACAGCAGCCCUAACUCAACCAAGACACCACCCAUCACGGUCCCCUCAAUCUACAAAUCCCUGAUCGACCGAUUCUGGCCCGGCGCACUCACAAUAAUUCUACCAAACCCCUCCGGAUCCGAACUGGCACCAGAAGUCACCUCAAAGCUGACCACCUUUGGCGUGCGCAUGCCCUCUUCACCCCUCGCGCGUCUCCUCAUCCACGCGACAGACCGUCCCCUCGCCGCGCCUUCCGCCAAUGCAUCCACCAAGCCAUCCCCGACAACCGCACAGCAUGUAUACCACGACCUCCACGGCCGCAUCGACCUAAUUCUAGACGGUGGUGCAUCAGGCGUAGGCGUCGAGAGCACCGUUGUCGACGGACUCUGCGACCCACCCGCCAUCCUCCGCCCAGGAGGCAUCGGCAUCGAAGAGAUCCGCAAAUGCGAAGGCUGGGAAAACGUCACAGUCGCCUACAAAGACGGCACACUGGACGUGAAAGAAAUCCCCCGUGCCCCAGGCAUGAAAUACCGCCACUAUUCCCCGAAAGCCCGGGUUGUCCUAUUCGAGCCCACAUCCAGCCCAAGCGGGGUGGUGAAACACGUCCAGCAUGACCUGCGAGACUCUGCCAUUGGCGCGCACAACAUUGGAAUCAUCCGCACGCGCAAUUGGAAACUGGGUCUGGAACUCGCCCCGGAAGCAGAAAUCGCUAGUACCGUCAAGCCUGUUUCUGCACCUAUUGAGGAUCUCAUCAGCUUCCCGAUCCCUGUGCAGGAGACUGGGAACCCGAGCAGUCGCACUAAAAUGGCUUAUGAUGUUUAUAUUGGGCCGGAUACUGCUUCUAUUGCGCAUGGGCUCUUUGCUGCGCUUCGUGCGUUGGAUGAUUUGGACGUUGAUGUGAUUUAUGUCGAGGGUGUUCCGGACAAAGAGGGUGAUCUUGCUGCGGCUGUUAUGAACCGGCUUCGAAAAGCGGCUGGGGCUGAAUUGCGAGCCUAA